UUACGUUCAUGGGGGCUUAAUCAAGGCCUCCAUUAUCUCUAUUUCACUAUUUGGCAGGGGUUCUGUCCCAGAUUAUUGGGAUAUGACGCCAAGAUUGGUAAGAACUCAGAGUCACCACGACAUGUACCAAUAGUUUGGAUCAUCGAUACUUCACGAUGCGGGGUUUUGGGUUGGAAUCGCUCGGGUUCUCUGUUUGUUUCGGAGAACAAUUUGUUGGUUUUUAGUCUUUUAUCUCCGAUCCAAUGUUUGGAUACGUCACGUCAUUAUACAGCAAGUGAAUAAUGGCUCGGGAGGGGAUAGUUGCAUUAAACGAGAAGUGAAUGUCUUCGAAAUAUGGAAAGAUUUCAUGGUCUCUUAAAUACUCAAAACCAACAAACACACCGACACCACCAAUUUUUAAACUCAGCACCCCAACAUCGAACUCUCAGACAACACUCGAUAUCCGAAAACUUAUUAUUCCAAUUAUACACCAAAAAAAAUGGCUGCUCAAACUCAACCGAAAGUUCUCUUCGUCCUCACUUCCCAUGAUAAGAUGGGCAAUUCUGGAAAGCCUACAGGCUGGUAUCUUGUUCGUCUCCUCUCACACUCCUUACGAUUCUAUCUCCUACCAUACCCCCUUUUAUCCCGCCUUAGAGACUAAAAACUAACAUCUCCUCCUUUACCUAGCCCGAAUUUGCCCAUCCGUAUGAUAUCCUUGCCCCUCACACCGAAAUAACCAUCGCUUCCGUCCUUGGUGGUGCUUCACCUUUGGAUCCUGCAUCUAUCGAAGCCUCCACAGAUGAUGUUUCUGUCAAUUUCUUGAACACCCAGGAGUCUCUGUGGAAAAAUACUGCCCCACUUUCAGAUUUCGUAGGCAAGGCUGCAGAAUUUGAUGCCAUUUUCUACGUUGGUGGCCAUGGUCGUGCGUCUCCCUUCUCUUCCCUUUCCGCCACUUUGAGAAUCAGGGUGCCAGAUAUGAAUGAAGCUCACUAACUGUAUGAAUAGCAAUGUUCGAUCUCUCCCACAACGAAACAUCCCAAAGAAUCAUUUCCGAAUUCCACUCCCUCAACCGAGUCAUCGCAGCCGUCUGUCACGGCCCUGCAGCCCUUGCCUAUGCUAAACUCCCUUCUGGCAAAUUUUUCCUGGAAGAUACCCCGGUGACAGGAUUCUCAAAUACCGAGGAGGAGAACUAUGGAGUUGUUGAUGUCAUGCCCUUUGAGUUAGAAACGGCCUUAAACGAAGCAAGCAAGGGCAAAUAUGAAAAGGCGGCUGAGAAUUUUGCGGCAAAGGUGGUUGUUGCGAGAAAUGGAAAGGUUAUUACAGGACAGAAUCCUGCGAGUGCUAGUGGCGUUGGAGAAGCUAUUUUGGCGGAGUUGAGAAAAGAGAGAAAGUGUACUUAAAUGUAUCUUUGAAGGGAGAUUUGCUCUAUGCCGAUAGCAGGGAUGGAAGGGAACAAAGUGGCUAUUGCAAGCUUUGCAAUGCAUGUGUAAAUACUGUAUGAAUUAUAAUA